CUACUUUUAAAAUUCUAUCGUAAUUCUAUCGUAAACUAGUUUCAAAAAAAAAAAAGAAAUUCUAUCGUAAUAGUCAAAGGUUUUGUCCAUGUAUAUUGGAAUUAAAAAGAAUGGACUCCUUUUCCACGUUUCAACAAUGUACCCCAUGAGCACGUCAUCCAAGCCCCAUCAUUUAAAACCCCAACGAGAACACCGCACCGCCUUCAACUGAAACAAUCUUCAAUCUUUAUCCAUUUCUUUGUUCUUGUCAGAGAAAUCAUUACCGAUGGGUAACAGUUUAGGCGGCAAGAAAACGACCAGAGUCAUGAAAAUAGAUGGCGAGACUUUGAAACUGAAAACUCCAGUGACGGCGGAGGAGGUCCUCAAAGACUUUCCCGGCCACGUUUUGUUAGAGUCCGAAUCCGUCAAGCACUACGGUGCUAGAGCCAAACCACUUGAGGCGAAGCAGGGGUUGGUGGCGAAGCGGCUGUAUUUCGUGGUGGAACCGGUGAAGGAGUGUCCACCGAGAAGGGUAAGGUCGGGGAUUCAAAUGAGUGCGAAGGACAGGCUUGAGAACCUCAUGCUUGCUCGGAGAUCCUCUUCAGAUCUCUCCAUACUCAAACCCGCAGGAAGAUGGACGACGAAGGAGGAGGAGGAGAAAGAAGGAGGAGCCGUGAGAGUGAAGCUGAGGAUUCCCAAGGCGGAGCUGGAAAGACUCAUUAAGGAAGGAGCUACGGAGGCGGAAGCCACCCAGAAGAUCGCCGCUCUCUUUAUGGCCAAACAGAAGAACGACGAAGCACGUCAGAACAAGCUCCAACGUGGCGAUGGAGGAGAGGAGCCCGCCACUGCCACUGCCGCCGCCACAAGAGUAGUCAAGUCUUGUCUGAAACGAGUGAGUUUCAUGGCGGAAAGAGGAGUAAAUGAGAUCACCGUUGCUUGAGACUGAACCAGUAAACACAAAUAUGUAUAUUUACAGACUGCUUCCCAUAGUUUCAUGCUUUUCUUUGUACAUAAAAAGCAGAGAUAGAGAGCUAGUGAAUUAAUAAUUCAUCCAUGUCCCCACUCUGUAGCUAGACUCAAGAAGAAUGUCAUCUUUCUUUCUUUCUUUCUAUCUUACACACAUACGUCUGUUUCGACAAUCCCAUUGAUCAGCUGUACCGCAUCUUUAAGCAUUGUGACAUCAACGUCUCCAUCUCUAAUGGUACAACCAUAUUCUUUUUUUUUUGGCGGGUAAAAUGUUAAAUUACAACCAUAUUCUUCGUCAACCUAGUCUUGAAUCCACCAAAUUACUCUCAACACUUCCUCAAGUGAUCAGAACUUGUUUCCCACCAGAACUUGCGGUGGCUAAGGAUGUGAAAGUUUUAAGACUUACCACCACAUCCAUUUAGAGAUUAUUUUUUCUUGACAUGUUCAUCCAUAGAAUUACGUGAGAAACACAAUUUGUUGCCGUCGACAAAAACAACUAUUUAUGGCAAUAAAAUACUAGCUGGUGUGAAAAUAACUUGUAUUUUAUUGUAUCGCAGAAAUUUAAAUAACGGCAAAAUUUUAUACCCGUAGAAUUUAUAACACUGAUAGAGAGUGUUUAUUAGAGGGAGAAGAGAAGGUCGAGGUGUAUUUACAAACGAACGCAAACGUUCGUAUAUAUAGAAGAAAAUUUACUGUGCAAAUAGUGCAGCGGCCCCACAUCCUUUUAUAUUUUCAACAUAUACGGCUGCCUUAUUUCUUUGACUUUCGUAACACUCCCCCUUGGGGGCCGGUGUCACUAUCCGCUCUCGCUUAACGUCUUUGUUGCCUCGUUAAAAACCUUUCCAGGAAAACCCAAUGGGAAAAAC